GAAUCGCUUGAACCCGGGAGACAGAGAUGACAACGGCAACACGACAAGAAGUCCUUGGCCUCUACCGCAGCAUUUUCAGGCUUGCAAGGAAAUGGCAGGCGACAUCAGGGCAGAUGGAAGACACCAUCAGAGAAAAACAGUACAUACUAAAUGAAGCCAGAACGCUGUUCCGGAAAAGCAAAAAUCUCAUGGACACAGACCUAAUUGAACAGUGUAUAGAUGAAAGCACAGCCAGGAUUGAAGUCGGACUGCAUUACAAGAUUCCUUAUCCAAGGCCAAUUCAUCUGCCUCCAAUGGGCCUCAUCCCACUCCGAGGCCGGGGACUUCAAAGCCAGAAGAAACUGAGGAAACUCUCCAAACCAGUAUAUCUCAGAUCUCAUGAUGAAGUUUCCUAAUCUAGAAGAAAGUUUAUUUCUGUGAAUGAUGAGCCAACUAGUUCUUGGAUGUAAACCAGAUGGCAAAAUACUUCUUUUUUUUUUUUU